CCGAAAACGACGAGAACACGAAGAAGAGUUGCUAACGCGGAAGUCGUCCAGGAUCUAAUCUUCACCUGGCUGGAGUUUUCUUCCCCGUGGAGACUCUCUCCGUGUAAUUUGCUCUUUCUUCUGGUGGAUGUUUUAAGCGGGAUGGCGGGUCGUGAUGCAUUGGUCGGUGUGAGCGUGCUGAAAAGUUAACGGGCGGUUGAUAUCCGGUGCGGGUCAAUGGACGCCAGGACCUGAGCUGCUGUUUUGACAGCUGUGGUGAUCCGCCAGCACCGUGUCCAUCUGUCCGUGUGUCCGUGUGAGGAGCCGCAGAGAGCGGACAGCGCAAGACCGAACUGAGCCUCUGCGAAGUUACUGGUGAGCGGACCGAAAGGUGAGACCAACCGUCGGCAUUUCCCACCGUCUCGGAGUAAAACACCUGCUCCUGUUCUUGCAUCCCCCGGCUCUGUUCUCCUCUGCUCCUCUUCAGUCUCCAGCUGCUCACCGAAACGCGGCCAUGGCUUCUCCCCGGCUCAAGUACCUCUCUCUGGGCGUGCUGGUGUUCCAGACCACCUCCCUGGUGCUCACCAUGCGUUACUCCCGCACCCUGCAGGCCGAGGGCCCGCGGUACCUGGCCUCGUCAGCGGUGGUGGUGGCUGAGGUCAUGAAGAUCCUCACCUGCGUCCUGCUGGUCUUCAAGGAGCACAGUUACAGCAUGCGCGCUCUCAACAGCGUCCUCCGUCAGGAAAUCAUUCACAAACCCGUAGAAACACUGAAGCUGGCGAUCCCCUCGGGGAUCUACACACUGCAGAACAACCUGCUGUAUGUCGCCCUCUCCAACCUGGACGCAGCCACCUACCAGGUGACGUACCAGCUGAAGAUCCUGACCACGGCCCUGUUCUCGGUGUCCAUGCUGGGCCGCAGGCUGGGCGUCUACCAGUGGCUCUCGCUGCUGAUUCUCAUGGCUGGCGUGGCCCUCGUGCAGUGGCCCUCUGACUCUGCCUCCGAGAAGGAGGCCCCGUCUGCGGGCUCCCAGUUCGUCGGCCUCGCCGCAGUGCUGGUGGCGUGCUUCUCCAGCGGCUUCGCUGGUGUCUACUUUGAGAAGAUCUUGAAAGAGAGCAAACAGAGCGUGUGGGUCCGCAACAUCCAGCUGGGGAUGUUCGGCCUGGUGUUCGGGCUCUUCGGGAUGAUGGCCUAUGACGGGGAGAGAGUGAGGGAGUCUGGAAUGUUUCAGGGGUACAACAUGGUCACCUGGACUGUUGUGGCACUGCAGGCCCUGGGUGGUCUGGUCAUAGCAGCGGUCAUCAAGUACGCAGACAACAUCCUCAAGGGCUUCGCUACGUCACUCUCCAUCAUCCUGUCAACGCUGAUAUCGUACUUCUUGCUGCAAGACUUUGACCCAACCAGUGUUUUCUUCCUCGGGGCCGUUUUAGUCAUCGUGGCCACUUUCCUGUACGGCUACGAAGGCAAGCCUUCCCCCAAUCCCAGCAGGGCGUAGGACAGACGGCUGAAACUACAGCAGCCGCAGGAGGUCGUGCUGACACGAAGACAUGAAGGGAAAGGAGGACUGGAGAAAAAAGAAGGGGAAAGGUCUUUGUCAUAUAGUGCGAAAACAUAUGGGAGGAUGUAAGGAGGUUUGGAUCAGAGGAAGGUUUUGGGGUUUUUUUUAAUGUUAUAACAACGCUGUGACGAGUCUCACACCAAAAGUGCCUCAGCUGAGAAGGAGAAGCAAUGAGAGACGAAACCAGGAGGGCGUGUUUUACUUUUCUUCUGCGAUUACAACAGCACAGAUAAUCCGGCUGCCACGCCCGGUGAAGGGAAACUGGACCGACUGAUUGUCUUCACCAGGAACUAGUCUGACUGCCUGUUAGUGUUACGGCCACGUCAGUCAGCCAGUGUAACAAAGGAGCAAGGAACCAGAGGGUUGGCCUUUCUAUUCUUCCAAGCCACAUUUGCCAAGUAGCCCAGUGGCUGCCGCCUUCACCUCGGGGUGUUUAACGCUCUAACAGGUACUCCUGUCCUGUUUGGCCUCUGUAAACUCAGAGGCCGAAUGAGCUUCAGCUCUGAAAUUACAGCGCCUCAGCGAGCUCUGGGUUAGGCUGAUAAAGGCGUGUUUCUGUAGGCUCAAGCCUCAGAAGUACAGAAAACACUUGCACUACGGUAGCUACAGUGACCAUAACCGGUAUUGUUUUCUCACGUUGCAUUUUCUUUGGCUAUUUUUGAAAUAUGGAGUGUUUUUGUUGCUAAGCAGCAGUCAGCGGGUCACCUCUGACAAACGUACACAUUGAGCGUGAGCGCCAGGACUGUUACGUUGAAUCCCUCCCUCAGUUCAAAUGUUUAACAGCGAGAAACGAAUCGAGCUUCUGUUUUGUGAUGCUUUAACAGCUGGUGGUUAAUUGAAGCAGUGUUUUUAUUUGAGAAGUUACACUGAAUAUUGGAAAUCAUGUUAACCUUUGGUGUAAGUAUUAGCACCGUUGACAUUUAAAUCUAUAAAUUAAUGGGCGGUUUAACUUAUUCAUUAGGCUUAGCUUACUUUUCAGAACCACUGGUGACGGUUAGCCUCUGCCUGUGUAACGGUGUCAUUUGGUGAUUUUUGUGGCGGAAUAAUCAGAAUGUGGUCCAGUGAAACUGAAGCUGGUUACAUCAUUUACAGAGAAAGUAACGUUUGAUUGUAUGAUUUGGUUUUUUUUCCUGAAACUACUUUUUUUUGGGAUAAAGCGGGUAUAAUUAAGAACUUUAUUAUUUUAAUUACCAAUAUGUGAAUCUUUUAUAAAAGAAACAUGCUUCCUUUGA